UGAUCGGGGCGAGCGUUAGGGCGGCCGGAGCCGGCGGGCCGGGAUGGCGUCGGGCCUCGGCUCCCCGUCCCCCUGCUCCGCCGCCAGCGACGAGGACGACAUGGAAGCGCUGCUCAACCACAGCCUCCCCCCGGCCCUCCCAGGGAACGAUGAGGAUCCCGAGGAGGACCUGUCCGAAGCCGAGACUCCCAAACUCAAGAAGAAAAAGAAGCCCAAGAAGCCCCGUGACCCCAAAAUCCCCAAGAGCAAGAGGCAGAAAAAAGAGCUGGGGGACAGCUCGGGGGAGGGGCCCGAGUUCGUAGAGGAGGAGGACGAGGCGGCGCUGCUGCGCUCGGACAGCGAGGGCAGCGACUACACCCCCGGCAAGAAGAAGAAGAAGAAGAUCGGCCCCAAGAAAGAGAAGAAGAGCAAGUCGAAGCGGAAAGAGGAGGAGGAUGACGACGAUGACGACGACGACUCCAAGGAGCCCAAAUCCUCGGGGCAGUUGCUGGAGGACUGGGGCAUGGAGGACAUCGACCACGUGUUCUCCGAAGAGGACUACCACGCCCUCACCAACUACAAGGCCUUCAGCCAGUUUGUCCGGCCCCUGAUCGCCGCCAAGAACCCCAAGAUCGCCGUCUCGAAGAUGAUGAUGGUGCUGGGGGCCAAGUGGCGGGAGUUCAGCACCAACAACCCGUUCAAGGGCAGCUCGGGGGCGUCGGUGGCGGCCGCGGCCGCGGCGGCCGUGGCCGUGGUGGAGAGCAUGGUCACGGUCAGCGAGGUCGCCCCGCCUCCCCCGCCCGUGGAAGUGCCCAUCCGCAAGGCCAAGACCAAGGAAGGCAAAGGCCCUAAUGCCCGGCGGAAGCCCAAGGGCAGCCCCCGGGUGCCCGAUGCCAAGAAGCCCAAACCCAAGAAGGUGGCGCCCCUGAAGAUCAAGCUGGGUGGCUUCGGCUCCAAGCGCAAACGGUCUUCGAGCGAGGACGACGACUUGGAUGUGGAAUCGGACUUUGACGACGCCAGCAUCAACAGCUACUCCGUCUCGGACGGCUCCACCAGCCGAAGCAGUCGUAGCCGCAAGAAGCUCCGCGCCAACAAGAAGAAGAAGAAAGGCGAGGAGGAGGUGACGGCUGUGGAUGGCUACGAGACAGACCACCAGGACUACUGCGAGGUGUGCCAGCAGGGCGGGGAGAUCAUCCUGUGUGAUACCUGCCCCCGCGCCUACCACAUGGUCUGCCUGGAUCCGGAUAUGGAGAAGGCCCCCGAGGGCAAGUGGAGCUGCCCCCACUGUGAAAAGGAGGGGAUCCAGUGGGAGGCCAAGGAAGACAACUCGGAGGGGGAAGAGAUCCUGGAGGAGGUGGGGGGCGACGCGGAGGAGGAGGAUGACCACCACAUGGAGUUCUGCCGCGUGUGCAAGGACGGCGGGGAGCUCCUCUGCUGCGACACCUGUCCCUCGUCCUACCACAUCCACUGCCUCAACCCCCCGCUGCCCGAGAUCCCCAACGGCGAGUGGCUGUGCCCCCGUUGCACGUGCCCCUCACUGAAAGGCAAAGUGCAGAAGAUCCUCAUCUGGAAGUGGGGACAACCACCUUCGCCCACGCCGGUGCCCCGACCCCCAGACGCGGACCCCAACAUGCCCUCUCCGAAGCCCCUGGAGGGGCGGCCCGAGAGGCAGUUCUUCGUCAAGUGGCAGGGCAUGUCUUACUGGCACUGCUCCUGGGUGUCGGAGCUGCAGCUGGAGCUGCACUGCCAGGUGAUGUUCCGGAACUACCAGCGCAAGAACGACAUGGACGAGCCGCCGUCCGGCGACUUCGGGGGCGAGGAGGAGAAGAGCCGCAAGCGCAAGAACAAGGACCCCAAGUUCGCUGAGAUGGAGGAGCGCUUCUACCGCUAUGGCAUCAAGCCCGAGUGGAUGAUGAUCCACCGCAUCCUCAACCACAGUGUGGACAAGAAGGGUCACGUCCACUACCUGAUCAAGUGGCGUGACCUACCCUACGACCAGGCCUCCUGGGAGAGCGAGGACGUGGAAGUGCAGGACUAUGACCUGUUUAAGCAGGGCUACUGGAACCACAGGGAGCUGAUGCGGGGCGAGGAAGGCCGGCCGGGCAAGAAGCUCAAGAAGGUGAAGCUGAGGAAGCUGGAGCGGCCACCCGAGACCCCCACGGUGGAUCCGACGGUCAAGUACGAGCGCCAGCCCGAGUACCUGGAUGCCACGGGCGGGACCCUCCACCCCUACCAGAUGGAAGGACUCAACUGGCUGCGCUUCUCGUGGGCGCAGGGCACCGACACCAUCCUGGCCGACGAGAUGGGCCUGGGCAAGACCGUGCAGACGGCCGUCUUCCUCUACUCACUCUACAAGGAGGGCCACUCGAAGGGCCCCUUCCUGGUGAGCGCGCCGCUGUCCACCAUCAUCAACUGGGAGCGGGAGUUCGAGAUGUGGGCGCCGGACAUGUACGUGGUCACCUACGUGGGGGACAAGGACAGCCGCGCCAUCAUCCGCGAGAACGAGUUCUCCUUCGAGGACAACGCCAUCCGGGGUGGCAAGAAGGCCUCGCGCAUGAAGAAGGAGGCCUCGGUGAAGUUCCACGUGCUGCUGACCUCCUACGAGCUGAUCACCAUCGACAUGGCCAUCCUGGGCUCCAUCGACUGGGCCUGCCUCAUCGUGGACGAGGCCCACCGGCUCAAGAACAAUCAGUCCAAGUUUUUCAGGGUCCUGAACGGCUACUCGCUCCAGCACAAGCUGCUGCUGACCGGGACCCCGCUGCAGAACAACCUGGAAGAGCUCUUCCACCUCCUCAACUUCCUCACCCCCGAGCGGUUCCACAACCUGGAGGGCUUCCUGGAGGAGUUUGCGGACAUUGCCAAGGAGGACCAGAUCAAGAAGCUGCACGACAUGCUGGGCCCCCACAUGCUGCGGCGACUCAAGGCGGACGUGUUCAAGAACAUGCCCUCCAAGACCGAGCUGAUCGUACGCGUCGAGCUCAGUCCCAUGCAGAAGAAAUACUACAAGUACAUCCUGACCCGCAAUUUCGAGGCCCUGAAUGCCCGGGGCGGCGGCAACCAGGUGUCUCUGCUCAACGUGGUCAUGGACCUGAAGAAGUGCUGCAAUCACCCCUACCUCUUCCCCGUGGCUGCCAUGGAGGCGCCCAAGAUGCCCAACGGCAUGUACGACGGCAGCGCCCUGAUCCGGGCAGCUGGGAAGCUGCUGCUGCUGCAGAAGAUGCUCAAGAACCUGAAGGAAGGAGGCCACCGCGUGCUCAUCUUCUCCCAGAUGACCAAGAUGCUGGACCUGCUGGAGGACUUCCUGGAGCACGAGGGCUACAAGUACGAGCGCAUCGACGGCGGCAUCACGGGGAACAUGCGGCAGGAGGCCAUCGACCGCUUCAACGCGCCCGGCGCUCAACAGUUCUGCUUCCUGCUGUCCACCCGGGCCGGGGGCCUGGGCAUCAACCUGGCCACGGCCGACACGGUCAUCAUCUACGACUCGGACUGGAACCCCCACAACGACAUCCAGGCCUUCAGCCGCGCCCACCGCAUCGGGCAGAACAAGAAGGUGAUGAUCUACCGGUUCGUCACGCGGGCGUCUGUGGAGGAGCGCAUCACCCAGGUGGCCAAGAAGAAGAUGAUGUUGACCCACCUGGUGGUACGGCCCGGCCUGGGCUCCAAGACCGGCUCCAUGUCCAAGCAGGAGCUGGACGACAUCCUCAAGUUCGGCACCGAGGAGCUGUUCAAGGAUGAGGCCACGGACGGGGGAGGGGACAGCAAGGAAGGGGAGGACAGCAGCGUCAUCCACUACGACGACAAGGCCAUCGAGAGGCUGCUGGACCGGAACCAGGACGAGACGGAGGACACGGAGCUGCAGGGCAUGAACGAGUAUCUGAGCUCCUUCAAGGUGGCCCAGUAUGUGGUGCGGGAAGAGGAGAUGGGGGAGGAGGAGGAGGUGGAGCGGGAGAUCAUCAAGCAGGAGGAGAGCGUAGACCCCGACUACUGGGAGAAGCUGCUGCGCCACCAUUACGAGCAGCAGCAGGAAGACCUGGCCCGCAACCUGGGCAAGGGCAAGCGCAUCCGCAAGCAGGUCAACUACAACGACGGCUCGCAGGAGGACCGAGGUGGGUGCGCCCUCCGGGCCCCGCGCCGUCGUCCCCAACAUCUCACCCCGGCCUCUCACCCCCGGCUCUCCCCCUCAGAUUGGCAGGACGACCAGUCCGACAACCAGUCCGACUACUCCGUGGCCUCGGAGGAAGGCGACGAGGACUUUGACGAGCGCUCGGAAGCACCCCGCCGGCCCAGCCGGAAGGGUCUGCGGAACGACAAGGACAAACCUCUGCCUCCCCUGCUGGCCCGUGUGGGCGGCAACAUCGAGGUCCUCGGCUUCAACGCCCGCCAGCGCAAGGCCUUCCUCAAUGCCAUCAUGCGCUACGGGAUGCCGCCCCAGGACGCCUUCACUACUCAGUGGCUGGUGCGGGAUCUGCGGGGCAAGUCGGAGAAAGAGUUCAAGGCCUACGUCUCGCUGUUCAUGCGGCACCUGUGUGAGCCGGGAGCGGACGGGGCCGAGACCUUCGCCGACGGCGUUCCCCGCGAGGGCCUGUCCCGCCAGCACGUGCUCACCCGCAUCGGCGUCAUGUCGCUCAUCCGCAAGAAGGUCCAGGAGUUCGAACAUGUGAACGGGCGCUGGAGCAUGCCGGAGCUCGCCGAGGCGGAAGAGAACAAGAAGAUGUCACAGCCCGGCUCACCCUCCCCCAAGACCCCCACGCCCUCCACCCCUGGAGACACGCAGCCCAACACGCCCGCCCCCGUCCUGCCGGCAGAGGAUGGGGUGAAGGUGGAAGAGGGGCCCGGCAGAGAGGAGGACGGGGCCGAAGGAGAGAAAGAGACGAAGCCUACGCCUCCCGAGGGGACUUCAGAGGGCCCGCAGCCCCCUCCCCCUGCCCCCGAGGAGGAGAAGACCCCCGUGGAGCUCCCAGAGGGAGAGGAAAAGAAGGAGGAGCCCAGUGUCAAGGAGAGGCCGGAGGAGCCCAUGGAAACAGAGACCAAAGCUUCUACAGAGGUGGAGAAGGUGGAGGAGAAGCCAGUUGUGGACCUGACCCCCAUCGUGGUGGAGGACAAGGAGGAGGAGAAGAAAGAGGAGGAGGAGGAGAAGAAGGAUGUCUUGAUGCAGAACGGGGAGACGCCCAGGGAACCGGGUGACGAGAAACAGAAGAAAGCGGUCAAGCAGCGCUUCAUGUUCAACAUCGCCGACGGAGGCUUCACCGAGCUCCACUCGCUGUGGCAGAACGAGGAGCGGGCAGCCACCGUCACCAAGAAGACCUACGAGAUCUGGCAUCGGCGGCACGACUAUUGGCUGCUGGCCGGCAUCAUCAACCACGGCUACGCCCGGUGGCAGGACAUCCAGAACGACCCACGCUACGCCAUCCUCAACGAGCCCUUCAAGGGAGAGAUGAACCGGGGCAACUUCCUGGAAAUCAAGAACAAAUUCCUGGCCCGCCGGUUUAAGCUCCUGGAGCAGGCCCUGGUGAUCGAGGAGCAGCUGCGGCGGGCGGCCUACCUCAACAUGUCCGAGGACCCCUCGCAUCCUUCCAUGGCCCUCAACACCCGCUUCGCGGAGGUGGAGUGCCUGGCCGAGAGCCACCAGCACCUGUCCAAGGAGUCCAUGGCCGGCAACAAACCCGCCAAUGCUGUCCUGCACAAAGUUCUCAAACAGCUGGAGGAGCUGCUGAGCGACAUGAAGGCCGACGUGACCCGGCUGCCGGCCACCAUCGCCCGCAUCCCCCCCGUGGCCGUGCGCCUGCAGAUGUCCGAGCGCAACAUCCUCAGCCGCCUGGCCAGCCGGGGCCCCGAGCCGCCCCCUCAGCAGGUAGCCCAGCAGCAGUGAAGAUUCGAAACCGGACACCGCCUGCGCCUCCGAGCAGGGACCCCCGCCCCCUCCCCGCCAUCGCCCAUUUUUGUAAAGGAACAGCCUCCCUCUCCACUGGGAGAGGGGCAGGAGCGAGGGGCAGCCCCCUCCCCUCUCGCCGGAGACACAGGGCAGUAGCGCCGGCGCAAUCUGCAGGGAUCGGGCAGGGCCACGGGGGCCCACACAAAACACACACCAACACACACACACAGAUUUACACGUCUGUUACACAAACUGGCGCAGGCUCCCGCACCUCGGAGAAACGAUCUGAAAUCUGCCUCCCCGCCCCCCCCCCCUUUACUUUGGUUUAUUCGUCCUCCCCCUCCCCGUUUCUUUUCCCUUUUCGGGGCAGGCCGGACCCCCGGGCGAGACACAGCUACCUCCGUCGGCAUCGUUUUAAGUACCAGGAAGCGAGCGGUUCCAGGCACUGGGCAGCCAGAAAGAAAGAGGGGAAAAAACAAAAAAAAGAAAAAUUCCCAAAAAAAAAAAAAAAGGAAAGGAAAAAAAAAUCACCAAAAAAAACCCCACCAUGAACUUGUUGAUAAAAAUGGCAAAUAAAGGUUUCCUUGUAUUUUAGUCCUCUGGUCUUGUGUGGGGCCGGCGGGCGGGGGCGAGGUGAGGCCUGGGGGCGGCGAGGGGACCAUGUGGCCCCCGCCCCCCGCCGGGGUCCUGCCCUGGCCUUGGCUGCCGAGGCGGGCAAGGUUAGGUUCUCCUCUCACCCUGCGGUGGUCCCUAGUCUCGCCCACCCAGCUGGGCCCAUCAAGGCCAACCCCGCCUACCCACCCGCCCUCCUCUUCCUGGCCCACCCCGGCUCCCUCCUGCUCCGCGCAACGGCCUCCCUCGGGCGGCGAAGCGGGGCCGACGUCCUGGAAGAGACCACCUUGAGGGACUCGACCGGUCUGCCGGCCGACGUGGGGGUCUGUGCCUCUUCCUUGUAAUAUACUGUAUUUAUAUGUAAUGUUUAUUUUCUGUUUGAGUCUCGUUUCGCCUCUUAGAUUGGAAGCUCCUUGGGAGCAGGGCCGGUGUGUGUGCUAAAGUGUACCCCCGACACCUCCAGUGCUAUGCACCCUGUGGGCGCUCAAUAAACACGUGUUGAUGA